UGACUCCCCUGAGAAGCAGAGAUUGAAGGAAGUGCACUCUGUCCUUUCUGCUUUCCCCUUUGUCGAGGCUACCUGUCUGCCCGGCUCCUCUGGAAACAUGUCCCAGAACGUCCACCCCACUGUGGACCCCACCAAGAUGGGGAUCGGCCGGUCCAUCGCCGUGCUGACGUCGGGAGGAGACGCCCAAGGUAUGAAUGCCGCUGUCAGAGCCACAGUCAGAGUUGGGCUCUACACCGGAGCCAAAGUCUACUUUGUUCAUGAGGGCUACCAGGGCCUGGUGGAUGGAGGAGACAACAUCCGUCCCGCUACAUGGGAGAGUGUUUCCAUGAUGCUCCAACUGGGAGGCACCGUCAUCGGCAGUGCCCGCUGUAAGGACUUCAGGAGCAGGGAGGGCCGAAUGCAGGCAGCCUGCAACCUGGUGGAGCUCGGCAUCACCAACCUGUGUGUGAUCGGAGGCGACGGCAGUCUGACCGGAGCCAACGAGUUCAGGACUGAGUGGAGUGGACUGCUGGCCGACCUGGUCCGAGCCGGUAAGAUCACAGACGAGCAAGCCAGGAAAUCGUCCCACCUGAACAUUGUGGGUAUGGUCGGCUCCAUUGACAACGACUUCUGCGGCACCGAUAUGACCAUCGGCACUGACUCUGCUCUGCACCGCAUCAUCGAGGUGGUCGACGCCAUCACCACAACCGCACAGAGCCACCAGAGGACGUUUAUACUGGAAGUGAUGGGCAGACACUGUGGGUAUCUAGCUCUGGUCACUGCUUUGGCCUGCGGAGCCGACUGGGUUUUCAUUCCAGAGAUGCCACCAGAUGAGGGCUGGGAGAACCACCUGUGCAGGAGGCUGACAGACCAAAGGGCCCGAGGUUCUCGUCUGAACGUGAUCAUCGUUGCUGAAGGCGCCAUAUCCAGAGACGGCAAACCGAUCACGUCUGACCAGAUCAAGAAGCUGGUGACUGACAGACUUGGCUUUGAUACUCGCACCACCAUUCUUGGACACGUACAGAGAGGAGGAACGCCGUCCGCCUUUGACAGAAUCCUGGGCAGCAGGAUGGGCGUGGAGGCGGUGAUGGCGCUGCUGGAGGCGACUCCAGACACUCCUGCCUGUGUGGUCAGUCUGUCGGGGAACCAGGCGGUCAGACUGCCGCUCAUGGAGUGUGUGCAAGUGACCAAAGAUGUGACUGCUGCCAUGGCUCAGGGCAGAUUUGAAGAUGCCAUUAAGCUCAGAGGAAAGAGUUUUGAGAACAACUGGAACACAUACAAGCAGCUGGCUCACAUCAACCCCCCAGAUGUUAAGAGCAACAUAAACGUGGCCAUCAUGAACAUCGGAGCUCCCUGCGCUGGAAUGAACGCUGCUGUUCGUGCAGCGGUCAGGAUGGGAAUCAUCCAGGGUCACAACAUGCUGGCUGUUCAUGACGGCUUUGACGGUCUGGCUCACGGACAGAUUGAGCCCAUCACUUGGACUUCAGUGAGCGGCUGGACUGGAAAGGGAGGUUCCAUGUUGGGUACCAAGAGAACCCUUCCAGCCAAAAUGUUGGAGGAAAUCAGCCAGAACAUCGCAAAACAUAACAUCCAUGCUUUGGUGAUCAUUGGUGGAUUUGAAGCCUAUGUUGGAGGCCUGGAGCUGGUUCAGGCCAGAGAGAAAUAUGAGGAGAUGUGCAUUCCUAUGGUGGUCAUCCCCGCCACCGUCUCCAACAACGUCCCCGGCUCUGACUUCAGCAUCGGCGCAGACACUGCCCUCAACACCAUCACCUCAACCUGUGACAGAAUCAAGCAGUCUGCAGCAGGGACCAAACGCCGCGUCUUCAUCGUUGAGACUAUGGGCGGAUACUGCGGCUACUUGGCCACUAUGGCCGGUCUGGCUGCUGGAGCCGACGCCGCCUACAUCUUUGAGGACAAAUUCAACAUUAAAGAUCUGGAGAUGAAUGUGGAGCAUCUUGUGGAGAAGAUGAAGACAACAGUGAAGAGGGGUUUGAUUCUCAGGAAUGAAAACUGCAACGCCAAUUACACCACCGACUUCAUCUUCAACCUAUACUCAGAGGAGGGCAAAGGCAUCUUCGACUGUCGCAAGAACGUUCUCGGACACAUGCAGCAGGGCGGCACUCCAACACCCUUCGACAGGAACUUUGGCACAAAGAUGGGUGCCAAGUCUGUUAUGUGGUUGACUGAGAAACUCAAGCAGUGCUAUAGACAUGGUCGUAUCUUUGCCAACACGCCGGACUCUGCCUGUGUGUUGGGCAUGAAGAAGAGGGCGCUCACCUUCCAGCCUCUUGCUGAACUAAAGGCAGACACUGAUUUUGAGCACCGUAUCCCCAAAACACAGUGGUGGCUAAAGAUCAGGCCCAUCAUGAAGAUCCUGGCCAAGUACGACAUCAAACUGGACACAUCCGAACACGCCGACAUGGAACAUGUGCUCAAGAAAAGGAGUCUUCUCACAAAGUAGACUCAGUCUGCUAAGUAUGAGUGCAAAGUUGGACAGGGGCAAACUUUACUUUCCACUGUAAGGUUCUUUUUCCUGUCCAGCUACAUGUCUACAGCCUUGAUGAAAGAGUUGCUGUCUUCCUCUUUCCUGUCCUCAAUGUGUGCUUUCUCACAGAAUUCAGUGUUUUGUAGCUCUCCCAAGUCUCAAAAGCAUAAGAGAAAUAUAUUUUACCAAAGACAUCAAGAUGUCAAAAAAAAAAAAACAAUUAAAGAUUUAUUCCAACAAA